CGUCAUUGGUCAGUUGGUACCUCUACUAGUGGAAGGUUAUGGCGACCGUAGUGUCAGUGUCAAAGAUUCGUUGAAAACCGAUAAAAUGUUGUUUUUAAAAAGUGUUGUGAAGUGUUGAACUAAAGACUGUCCAUGACAGACCCCGAAGACAUGAAGGCGAAAUCGUCGAAACGUAUGGCUGGGAUAAUAAUGAUGUCUCGAAAAUCGAUCGCCAAGGACGGUGUUGUGACAACCUCGGGCAUCGGCAUGCCAAGCCUCUACCACGCUCUAGUCGUCAUCUUCCUCGAGUUCUUCGCAUGGGGGCUGCUCACAAUGCCCGUCAUAUCAGUAUUAAACACCACAUUCCCCGACCACACUUUUCUAAUGAACGGCUUGAUUAUGGGGAUCAAGGGGAUUUUGUCGUUCCUGAGUGCACCGUUAGUGGGGGCACUUUCGGAUGUUUGUGGUCGAAAGUUGUUCCUUUUGAUUACGGUGUUCUUCACAUGUCUGCCGAUCCCACUAAUGACGAUUAAUACGUUUUGGUUUUUCGCCAUGGUCAGCAUUUCGGGGGUUUUUGCGGUCACUUUCAGCGUUGUUUUUGCCUAUGUGGCCGAUGUUACUGAUCAAAAGGACCGGUCUUUGGCCUAUGGAUUGGUUAGUGCCACUUUUGCCGCCAGUAUGGUUAUCUCACCAGCGCUGGGGGCUUACCUGAUGGAGAGGUGGUCCGUAUCGCUGGUGGUCGCCCUCGCCACCGCUGUCGCCAUCCUGGACGUCUUCUUCAUCCUCGUCGCCGUUCCCGAAAGCCUCCCCGAAAAAGUCCGCGUCUCCCCCAUCAGUUGGGAGCAAGCCGAUCCUUUCUCCUCCUUGCGUAACGUCGGUCAAGACCCCACAAUCCUCCUCCUCUGUAUCACCGUUUUCCUUUCCUACCUCCCCGAAGCCGGUCAAUACAGUUGCAUUUUCGUCUACUUGAAACUGGUAAUGGGUUGGAGUGCCCCCAUGGUCGCCGUUUUUGUCGGUCUUGUCGGCCUCCUUGCCGUCCUCACACAACUAUGUCUUGGUGCAUUGAUGAAAAACCUCGGUUGUAAACACACAAUUAUGUUAGGACUCCUCUUCGAAAUGUUACAACUGUUGUGGUAUGGUUUUGGGACAACGACGUGGAUGAUGUGGGCGGCAGGGAUGUUGGCAUCAAUGAGUUCGAUUACGUAUCCGGCGAUUUCGGCAUUUGUUAGUAUUGUGAGUACGCCGGAUAGGCAAGGAGUUGUGCAAGGGAUGGUGACAGGGAUGAGGGGGCUGUGUAAUGGCUUAGGACCGGCUAUGUUCGGGUUGAUUUUCUACGUGUUUCAUGUGGAUCUCAACGAGGGGGAGAAUCAGGAAGGAACGCAUGCUACGCCAGUGCACGAGAUGGAAACGUACUCGCAGUUGGUGCCUGGUCCCCCCUUCGUGUUUGGGGCUUUUCUAGUCAUUUGCGCCCUUCUUGUAGCUUCAUUUAUCCCGACAAAAUCCAGUACUGAUUCAAGUAUCCCCCUGGACACGCACUAUGAGAUGGAAAGGGGCCAGAAGGUCGCAGGCACUUUGAGUCCUUUGAUUCCGAGCCGGAGCAUCGAAAACGCAUACCCCCAUGUGGCGUUCUUUCGCAAGUUUUUAGCUACGAAAAGCGUCUCCUCCAUGAACUUCCUCGCGUGGAACUCAAACCUGCGAGUUGCCUCCUUCUCCAGGAGGAAUUUCGGCCAAAAGGGGGAUGAGUUCGGUAAGGAGUUCCUCGAAGAGAGUCAAGUGGAGGGUGAGAUUACCCUCCUGGGGGACUCCCCCGUUGCGUUUCAUCAUCUUACUCCCGUCUUUCAACAAGGCGGGGAAGUUCCCAGGUGUAGCUUUAGCCACGUCCCGGGGCUGUCACCUGUCAAAAUGGCAAACGCAAUUUUAACAAUUUUUCGCAAAAUUGGACCUUUGUCGCCACCUAAAUUAUUACUAAACAACGGGGCUGCUUUAAUUCACACUAGUGGCGAUAAUAAAGCGAAAUGGUAUCCCGAUCCCGAAUACAUGUCUCAAUUCGACGGCCCCGUCAUGUACCCCGACGAAGUGACAAGUAAAUGGGUAUUGCCUCCAUGGAACGCCCAGAAGGCCCCCGUCGAACGCUCCGUCAAAAACCUCACUUUGAACUUUGGGCCCCAACAUCCGGCCGCGCACGGAGUCUUGCGCUUAGUUUUGGAAUUAGACGGGGAGAUGGUACGCAGGGCUGACCCCCAUAUAGGGCUCCUCCACCGCGGUACUGAGAAACUAAUUGAAUAUAAAACCUACACUCAGGCUUUGCCCUACUUUGACCGGCUUGAUUACGUCUCUAUGAUGUGCAACGAGCAAUGCUACAGUCUCGCCGUCGAGAAACUCCUCAACAUUGACGUCCCCCUGCGAGCUAAAUACAUCAGAACACUAUUUGCGGAAAUAACACGAAUUUUGAACCACAUCAUGGCUGUGGGGACUCACGCCUUGGACGUGGGGGCCCUAACCCCCUUCUUCUGGCUGUUUGAAGAGCGUGAGAAAAUGAUGGAAUUUUAUGAGAGAGUCUCGGGGGCGCGCAUGCAUGCGGCGUAUAUCCGACCAGGGGGCGUCUCCCUGGACCUACCAUUAGGUCUCAUGGAUGAUAUUUACGAAUUUGCGUCGAAAUUCAGUGAAAGACUUGACGAAGUCGAGGAUGUCCUCACCACGAAUCGGAUUUGGGUGCAAAGAACACAAGACAUUGGGAUUGUCUCAGCCGAGGAUGCCCUCAAUUAUGGUUUCAGUGGAGUCAUGUUACGAGGCUCUGGGAUUAAAUGGGAUUUGCGCAAAGUGCAGCCCUAUGACGCUUAUGAUUUGGUCGAUUUUGAUGUCCCCAUUGGGGUGAAAGGGGAUUGUUAUGAUAGAUACCUGUGUCGGAUAGAGGAAAUGAGACAGUCGCUGAGAAUCAUCGAUCAGUGUCUUAAUAAAAUGCCUCCCGGGGAGGUAAAGACAGACGAUGCGAAAUUGACACCUCCAAGUCGGGCUGAAAUGAAGACGUCCAUGGAAGCCCUGAUUCACCACUUCAAGUUGUUUACGCAAGGGUACCAAGUGCCCCCAGGUGCCACCUACACGGCGAUUGAAGCCCCCAAAGGCGAAUUCGGUGUUUAUUUGGUCUCCGAUGGCGGUUCAAAGCCCUACCGGUGUAAAAUCAAAGCUCCAGGUUUCGCACAUUUAGCCGCUUUAGAAAAAGUCGGCAAAAAUCACAUGUUGGCCGACAUUGUUGCCAUUAUUGGUACCUUGGACGUGGUCUUUGGCGAAAUCGAUCGAUAAUAAUUUAAGUGUAAAUAAAUCAUUUUAGGCUUAAAUAAACUAAAAAAUCGUAUA